UGAUGGGAAUCGUAGUAGGAAAGGCUCUGGGUGCGUUGAGCGUUGUGACACGUACAGCCUCUAAAAAGAGCACGCGGAGGACGAGGUUCUGCGAGGAGAGAGACUCAGAGCAACCUGGGAGGUGUAGUGCAGUUGACAUAGCAGAAGAUUCGGGGUGGGCGCUGAGGUUCCGGGAAAGGGCUGAAAAGAGGUAGGUGCUUCAAGUCGCGCGCCUCCGGACUGAACUCCGGGAGUGAAACGGCACCUUCCGGGGUCUGCUGCCGCUCCCGGCCCUGCGAAGAGCUUUAAGUCCUCCUAGAGUGGUGGACCAUGUUGCCAUGGAAACCUUUGCCCCGGACCCAGGAGUGCGGUCCUGUAGCCGCGAAAGGAGUGUGCUUUCCUCCGCUGUCGGGAAGUUCUCUCGGCAGCUUCUUUUGAGCUGGGUGGAUUUUCGGUGCAUUUGGGCAGUGGCGAAAGAAUAAGCUCGAAGAGCCCUCUAGCGCCAGAGUAAAAUAAAGAGCCAGCGGAGGAGCCAUGGCCUGUGUUUGGUCUAUAUUACUCGGAGUGAGAUGAAGAAUGUCAGGCGUCAGCAUUCUCUUGGAACUUUGGCUUCCUCUUGCCUUUGUCUACGUUGGAAUCAAGAUCCUAUUUGAUUUGGGAGUUCCUGUCGUGGCGCAGCAGAAACGAAUCCGACUAGGAACCAGAGGUUGUGGGUUUGAUCCCUGGCCUUGCUCAGUUGGAUCCGGAGCUUAAGGAUCCGGCAUUAGGACUGUGGCUAUGCCUUUUAACUGUGUAGCUGGAGUACAAGAAGUGUUUGUUUAAUGAAUGACCUAUCCAUUUAGCACCUACUUAGACCCUAAGGAUAACCCUGUGAAUUGUGUUGAUUUCAUCAUGCUGCGACGGAAACCAACCCGCCUGGAGCUGAAGCUUGAUGACAUUGAGGAGUUUGAGAGCAUUCGAAAGGAUCUGGAGACCCGUAAGAAACAAAAAGAAGAUGUGGACGUUGUAGGAGGCAGUGAUGGAGAAGGUGCCAUUGGGCUCAGCAGUGACCCCAAGAGCAGGGAACAAAUGAUCAAUGAUCGAAUUGGUUAUAAACCUCAACCCAAGCCCAACAAUCGUUCAUCUCAGUUUGGAAGUUUCGAAUUUUAGAGGUGGAUUAUCUCGCAUGCCAGAGCCCUGGGAUGGAGUCAAAUGAUGAAAGAAAGAUUUAACAGAAUGUUUUACCUCCUGCAGAGAGAAACACUUGUGCCUGCUUCACUUGCACUCUUAGCUGAAAUUCAAACUCUGGUUUGUAUCUGGAAAUUUUCACUCUAUAAAACUUGUCUCAUUUUUGUUUUUUGAAAUGCAUUUUUAGAAGUGUGCAACGUCCUUAAUGAAGUUUAAUAGCACUGUUGACUUGUUGUAUUGUUCUUCCCACCUUUAUUAAAAGACCGUAAGCACAGAACACUCCCUUGAUCCCUGUCACGGACUAUUCAGCAAGUAUUUAUUGAGCACCUGCUGUGUGCCAGGUACCAUUUGAGGCACUCAGUAACAUCAGUGAACAACUCACAGAUGCCUGCCCUUGUGGAGGUUAGGAUUCUUGUAUUUUGUAUAAACUUGAUCAAGUUGUGCAUUUCUUGAUGGCUUUGUAACUAGUUUGGGUAUCAUUUUGGGAAAACAGUGGAGUAUCAGAAUUACCAUCAUUCCAGUUUUCCUUUCUUUUCAACAUUAGGUAGUUUUUCCAUUGAGGAGCCACUCUGAGAGGCAGCUCAGAGGGUGUUUUAGAAUCAUGUUACUGUGAUAGAAAUCAUGCCAACUGUGGUAGAAAGAACCUCUGGAACCACUGGUUCUAGAGACCCCUUAGCCAAGACUUCUUUACAGGCUGGCCAAAAAAAUUUACCAGAUUUUUAAAGAAAAGAUUACAGCUGUAAACCUUUGAAACCACUGAGAUCACAUGCAUCGAUUUUUGUAUUUGGUAGGUUCUAGUGUUCCUUUGGGGGUUGCCCAAACUUAGGAAGAUGGUCAAGCACUUGUGAAGAGGUACUGACCUUAGCUGGGAGCAUAUACCUUCCACUUCCUGAAAGCUGGAGUGAAAAUAACCAGAUUAACUCAAGUGGGUACUAUUAUUGCCUUUUUAAUAAAUGAGAAAACUAAGGCUUAGGUAUCAUUAAAAUACCUUUAUUAUUGAAAUGCCUUUCCUAAGGUGCCACUUCUAAGUGGAGCAAACCAAGCUCAUCAUGCCACUGCACUAUGGGAAAGUCUAGGAGUGGUGCUGAAUGGCAAGAUGCCCAUCUAGGGGCCAAAACACCGCUAUUCUGGCAUGAAGGGGACAGGCAGGGCCAAUGCUUGACUCCAGGCUUGGGGGUUCCUAGAGGGCCUUUUGCCCCAGAGCAUAAACACAAGGUUGGGACUAUGAAACUACAAAUAAAUUCAGGAAGUCUUAGUAUACUGCAGUACAGCUUCAUGAAACCCUGUCUCCUUGCAAAAGGUCAUGUAGAUUUUCUGGCAUGUACAAGGCUUGUCAUUUUAAGCAGGAUAGGAGAGCAGGAUGGAAACAUGGGAUCAUAUCACCUCAAAGACUGCCCUUUUUGGCUUUUUAGGGCCACACCUGCAGUGUAUGGAAGUUCCUAGGCUAGGGGUCGAAUCGAAGCUGGCCUACGCCACAGCCACAGCCAUGUGACUGUGACCUACACCACAGCUCAUGGCAAUGCCGGAUCCUUAACCCACUGAGCCCAAUGGGAACCCCCCCCAGUCUUAAAAACUGAUGGUAAUGGCCAGACGCUGUGUGGGCAAUGAAGAGACCACUUAUUCUGUUAGCACUCUGGGUAGAAAGACACACAAAGAAUCACAAAAUCAAAAUAUUUUAUUUGUUCUUUUGCACAUGACAUGGGUUAAAACAUUCCUACUACACCAAUACUGCUCUCCAGGAGCUUACAAUCUGAAAGUCAACAUUAAUUGGAGACCCAGUGAUUAAGGCAUUAUCAAAUGCAGACUUUUGUAUCUUUAGAUGUGUCUUUUGAAAGAAGCCGGAGAGGCAGGAUUAACACUAAAUGACAUGAAGAUGUACUCCCAGCCACCCCCCCUUCCAGUUUCUACAUGAAGCCCUGUGGCUAGAACCCAAAACCAAUGCUCCAUGGGCUGAAAGUAAAGAAACCAGGAGGAUUCUGUUUGUGGGCAAUGUGGAGCUGAGUGUCCCUCCAACAUAGGUUGGAUAUGGCACCUAAGAUUCUGUAACUUGAUGGAUAGUACCAGGUAGCCCUUUCCCAGCUUCAUAGAAAUUACAGCAGGAAAACUAACUGCCCCUUUGAAGUGUGCUUAAGGUCUCUGUCAGUUUUACCACUUCUGGUUGGUAUUUCUACCCAAAUCCACUAUCCAUAGCAUUGCUCACUGUAUCAGGAAGGCUAGGGAGAUUUAAUCAACUAGAUAUAUGGGAUAAGAAACUGAAAGAGCAGAAUAAGGUGCAAAGACAUGGGGAUACAAGCUCCUAGCAGAUGUGAAAAUGAAGAGAAAUCUGGAUCCAAAAGGAAGAAGUCAGGCACUAAAUUCUAACCAAACAGGGAUGCAGAAAUGAAAGUAAACAAGAUUAUCACAAUCCAAGAGCUCAGAAAAAAAAAAAAAAAAAAAAAAAAAA